GUAAGGGUGAGAAACUGCUGGGCGAGGAGGAGGAGGGCGGCAGUGGCGCUGGAAUCCUGCUGGAAUCGCUGGCUCUUCUGGCAGAAAGCCCGCAGGAGCCUUCCCACUGGAAUUCUGCAGAGGGACAGUGGCAGCAAGAAGAGCCUGAGUGGGAUCACGUCUAAAAGCCAGCCCUCUCCUUCAGUGUUCCUUUAAGCUUCUGUGUCCUUCACUUCUUCUGGUUUUCCCUCUGCCCCAUCACGUCUGCUGUUAAAAAGCCGGGAAGAGAUGCAGUAAAGCAUCACCCAUCUCGGGAGGAAAGCUGGGAUCCCGCCCGGGCGGCUGCUGCAGCACAGGGCGCCGGAGAGGAGCAGAGCCAGGGGGAAUUGCUGCCGGUCCCCUGCCCUCGCCUUGCUCCGUGUCCCCAUCCCGGGCGCUGUUGAUGGGGAUCUCUGCCGCAGGAGCAGGCUGUGCACUGCCGGGCGGGCGAGCAGGGCUGGCACGGCGCACCCCUAGAUGCUGGGAAGGCCGUGUGGGUAAGCUGCUGGCAGAAGAUCCCUGCUGGAGCAGCUGCUGGCUGUAGGCCCAGCGCGCCAAGGCCCAGCCGAGCGGGUGCUGCAGCAUGACUUCCACGCUGGAGCACAAGGAGAGCGCCCAGGCCAACGGGGCCGCGCUGCCCGUGGUGCCCGGGGACUGCCCCGAGCCCACCCAGGGCUUCCUGGCGCCCGGCGGCACCGGCGUGGAAGUGGUGGUGCUGGAGUCCCGUGCCAACGCCAAAGGGGUGAGGGAAGAGGAUGCCCUGCUGGAAAAUGGCAGCCAGAGCAACGAGAGCGAUGACACCAGCACGGACCGGGGUCCCGAGCCCGCCUCGCCCCUCAAGGAGACCUCGUUUUCCAUCGGGCUGCAGGUGCUGUUCCCCUUCCUGCUGGCUGGCUUCGGCACGGUCGCUGCUGGGAUGGUGCUGGACAUCGUGCAGCACUGGGACGUCUUCAAACAGGUGACCGAGGUGUUCAUCCUGGUUCCUGCUCUGCUGGGCCUGAAGGGGAACCUGGAGAUGACGCUGGCAUCCCGCCUGUCCACAGCUGCUAAUAUUGGCCAAAUAGAUACACCCAAAGAGCUCUGGAAGAUGAUUACAGGGAACAUGGCUCUGAUACAGGUCCAGGCCACCGUGGUUGGCUUCCUGGCCUCCAUCGCAGCCGUGGUGUUCGGCUGGAUCCCAGAUGGGCACUUCAGCAUGGACCACGCUGUGCUGCUGUGUGCCAGCAGCGUGGCCACUGCCUUCAUUGCCUCCCUAAUCCUGGGCAUGAUUAUGAUUGGGGUGAUCGUGGGCUCCAAGAAGAUGGGGAUCAAUCCUGACAACGUGGCCACGCCGAUCGCUGCCAGCCUGGGGGACCUCAUCACGCUGGCUCUGCUGUCAGGGAUCAGCUGGGGCUUGUACAAGGAGCUGGAGAGCAAAGUGUACGUGAACCCCUUGGUGUGUGCCUUCUUCCUGUCCCUGCUGCCCAUCUGGGUCGUCAUUGCCAGGAGGAAUUCUGCCACGCGGGAGGUGCUGUACUCGGGCUGGGAGCCCGUCAUCGUCGCCAUGGCCAUCAGCAGCGUCGGGGGGCUCAUUUUGGACAGGACGGUGUCGGAUCCCAACUUCGCUGGGAUGGCAGUUUUCACUCCAGUCAUCAACGGUGUGGGUGGCUCAGAAUCCGCUGUCCAACCUCUCACCCGGGUCUGGGUCAUGGUUUGGGUGGGAGGGGACCUUCAAUCUCACCCAGUGCCACGAGCAGGACGCCUUCCACCAGCCCGGGUGGUUCCCUGGGACACUGCCAGGGUUUAAAUCAGGUCUGGUGUCCCCUCUGCAGACGUGAACUCCCGCUCCGCCCGCGUGCUCUUCCUCCUGGUGGUGCCCGGGCACCUGGUCUUCCUCUACACCAUCCACUCCAUGCAGGGGGGACACACCACGCUCACCCUCAUCUUCAUCGUGUUCUACAUGACAGCAGCGCUGCUCCAGGUGCUGAUCCUGCUCUACAUUGCUGACUGGAUGGUGCACUGGAUGUGGGGCAGGCACCUGGACCCCGACAACUUCUCCAUCCCGUACCUGACAGCUCUGGGGGACCUCAUUGGGACAGGGCUCCUGGCCCUCAGCUUCCACGUGCUCUGGCUCAUCGGGGACCGGGACUCCGAUGUUGGGGAUUAAAUCUCCCUGCUCCUCCCUUCCCACAGCUCUCCUCCUUCCAUUUGUUGUUUCUUUGCUUCCCCCUCCUGCCACCAACCCACCAUCCUGGAAGAUUUCACCUUUGAUACCGGAUUCUCAUUAUUUUCAAUGGGAAUUUUACGUGGUUUAUAUUUCAAGUCAAGUUUGUACAGAAAAAUCGAUCUAGUUUUAGGAAGGACAAACAAACAAACAAAAAGUGUAACGAGACAAUCACUAAGUGCAAUUUUCAUAGCAGUCAUGUCUGAACCAAGGUUCCAGUGAAGUUCCUGCUCAGUCAGAUCAUGCAGGGAGCCCCCCCUGCCCCCUCCCUCGAGGUGAAGGGCUGCUUUUUUCGCUUCAUAAGCGUUUUAAACCCUGCAGGUCGAGCUCAGGUUUGUUCAGCUGAGCUGGCACCUUCCAGCCAAGUGCAACCUCAUGGCUCAGGGCACGGGGUAGCCCUGCCUUGGCUCUCUGAAGCUCCAGCCUGGGCCCACAUCCAAAAAUGGGGAGUGUCUAUGAGGAGGGUGAUGAGGAAGGCUCCUGUGUUCACCCCAGGAAUGUGAGUGAGCUGAUCUGAGAGCCCCUGGCUGGGCUCUGCUGGCAGCUCCAGGCUCCCUUUUGCCACCCACGCUGCUUCUGCCUUGGUGAGCCCAGCUCAGCUGCUCUGAGCUUCUCCCAGAGGGGCUGGGAGCUCUGCCCACACCAUCCCCACUGCCAGGGACCCUCUGCAGGACCUGCUGGAGCCCUCCUUGUGCUGCUCCCUUUCCCUCAGUGCACCCAGAGGGGCGCAUGGAUGGACAAACAGCUCCUGGUUCUGUGCCCAGCUUUCCUUUCGGCUGCUGAGGGGGCCCUUGCAGGCAGGAAGGGAUCCCUGGGGAACUCUUCCUGGACACCUGGACACACAAUUUUUCCAUCCUGCCAUCCCUGGGCUGUUCCCCUGGGCAGGAGCAUUUUGCUCCUGGUGUCUGUGGGAUUUCCCUGCCAGCUGCAAAACAGCUGGGCAUGCAGGAUGACUGGAGCCCUGGCUGUUGGGGCAGCUCUGUGGCACAGGAACUCCCCUGCCCGUGUGUGGAGCUGGGAUGGGGGCUCAGCCCAGCUGGGGGGGCCCGGCUGAACCCUGGCAGUGCAGGGUUCCCUCCUCUGCUGCUUCCCCUCCUGUUCCUGUGCUCUUCUCCUCGGGGCUGCCUGGAAUUCCUGCUCUUCCCCUUAGGCCACGCUGGCAGGGCGGCAAAAACCAGAGCUAGGGGCAAACCAAGACCAAAGUUAGUCCAGGCUCACUGUGCCAGGCCAGGAGCUGCGUGCAGAGCUGGGCCUCGCUCCAGAGACGAGUUGGAAAAGAGGGUCGGGAUGAAGUUUGGAUGAAGUUCUUUUCCAGCUCCAGAAACGAGUUAGAGAGGGUCAGGAUGAAGUUUGGACUAAGUUCUUUUUCAGCUCCAGAGAUGAGUCGGAAAAGGCUCAGGAUGAAGUUUGGAUGAAGUUCUUUUCCAGCUCCAGAGACGAGUUGGAAAAGGCCAAGAAGAAAGUCUGGAUGAAGUUCUUUUCCAGCUCCAGAGAAGAGUUGGAAAAGAGGCUCAGGAUGAAGUUCUGGAGAUCACGGGGCAGGUGGAGCCAGAGCAGGGCUCCUGGAUGCUCCAGCCCUCCCUGGAGCUCUGCAGACCCUUCCCUGCUGCUGGUGCUGUGCAGGAGGCAGGGCUGGGCUCCAGGCUGCUCCUUCUCAGCCCCUCAGAAGAGCAGGUGUUGUAUUUUUGGGAUGAUUUCCCCCUUUUUCCCCUUGUUAAUCCACCCUCAGGCUCAGUCCCCCUCCUCCUGUGCUCCGUGUCCCGGGUGGGAGCAGCUCUGACCCUCCUCUGUCCCCUCUGGGGACAUUUCUCAGAUCUCCUUUGGCCAAAGCUGUGCUCAAAGGGAAAAAAAAACCCAACCACAAAACAAACUUUGUUCCUGCUGUGCUGAACUCUCAGCCCAGGGACUUCUGGAGCAUUCUCUGCAAUAUUUUCUGGAGUAUUUCCUGGAAUAUUCUCAGCUGCUCACCUGAUUUUUCUGCCUGAUGUUGAGGAAUAAAUGCAAGACUUCCUCCCAUUAACACUUCAGCUUUCAUGGAUACAGAGGGCAGCUCUGCUGGCCUGUCUGGUGUCACAUCACCACUUAAUCCCCCAGGAAAGGAUUCCCUAGAGGAGGAAUCUGCCUCUCAUGGUGGGGGCUGCUGGGGCUGGGAGGGUCUGUACAUUAAAUAUGGUCAAAGGUGUGCUUGGGGAAUGGUCAGGGAAGAAUUUAAUUUAAAAUGAGGAAUAUUGAUUAAAAAAACAACAAAAAACAAACCUCUUCCCACUGGUUGCACUCCAAUGCAUGCCUACUCUACAGCUGCCUGCAGAUGAAAAUCCUGGUUUACUCUUUUAUUAAAGGAAAAAGACUGUCUUAAUUAUUUAUAGUUCCUAUAACUGACAGAUGUCGACCUAAUGGAUAAAUUAUAUUUGGUUAAAUAAAGAUGACAUUUAUUUAUGUGGA